GGAACUUUGGAUCUGAAGUGGGACUUUAUCCCUCGGGGGUGGUUGGACUUUAGGCCCCUGCAGCCCGGUCUGCGUCGCCGGGUCCCAGGUGCCGGCGACUCCUCCUCGGGAUUCUCGGACCGCGGGCCGCCACCAUGGACGGGACGGCCGAGCUGCUCUUCUACGUGAACGGCCGCAAGGUGAUAGAAAAAAAUGUCGAUCCUGAAACAAUGCUGUUACCAUAUCUGAGGAAGAAGCUCCGACUCACAGGAACUAAAUAUGGCUGUGGAGCGGGAGGCUGUGGUGCCUGCACAGUGAUGAUAUCACGAUGUAACCCGAUUACCAAGAGGAUAAGACAUUAUCCAGCCAACGCCUGUCUGAUUCCCAUCUGUUCUCUGUAUGGUGCUGCCGUCACCACAGUGGAAGGCAUAGGAAGCACCAAGACCAGGAUUCAUCCUGUUCAGGAGAGGAUUGCCAAGUGUCAUGGCACACAGUGUGGCUUCUGCACCCCUGGGAUGGUGAUGUCCAUCUACACGCUGCUGAGGAACCAUCCAGAGCCCACCCUGAGUCAGUUAACUGAUGCUCUUGGUGGUAACUUGUGCCGUUGCACUGGAUACAGGCCCAUAAUCGAUGCAUGCAAGACUUUCUGUAAAACUUCUGGCUGCUGUCAAAGUAAAGAAAAUGGGGUUUGCUGUUUGGAUCAAGGAAUAAAUGGAUUACCAGAGUUUGAGGAAGGACAUGAGACAAAUCUAAAACUCUUCUCAGAAGAGGAGUUUCUGCCAUUGGAUCCAACUCAGGAAUUGAUAUUUCCUCCUGAGCUAAUGACAAUGGCUGAGAAACAACCACAAAGGACCAGGAUUUUUGGUGGUGAUAGAAUGACAUGGAUUUCUCCAGUGACUCUGAAGGAACUUCUAGAAGCCAAAGUCAAGUAUCCCCAGGCCCCAGUUGUCAUGGGGAACACCUCUGUGGGGCCUGACGUGAAAUUUAAAGGCAUCUUUCACCCAGUUAUAAUUUCUCCUGAUGGAAUUGAAGAACUGAGUGUUGUAAACUAUACAGAUAAUGGACUGACCUUAGGUGCCGCCCUCAGCCUGGCUCAGGUGAAGGACAUCCUGGCUAAUGUGAUCCUGAAGCUCCCGGAGGAGAAGACACAGAUGUACCAUGCUCUCCUGAAGCAUUUGGGAACUCUGGCUGGAUCCCAGAUCAGGAACAUGGCUUCUUUAGGGGGCCACAUAGUGAGCAGGCAUCCAGAUUCAGAUCUGAACCCCCUCCUGGCCGUGGGCAACUGUACCCUCAACUUGCUAUCAAAAGAAGGAAAACGACAGAUUCCUUUAAAUGAGCAGUUUCUCAGAAAGUGCCCCAGUGCUGACCUUAAGCCUGAAGAAAUCUUGAUCUCAGUGAACAUCCCUUAUUUGAGGAAGUGGGAGUUUGUGUCAGCCUUCCGACAAGCCCAGCGGCAACAGAACGCACUAGCGAUAGUCAAUUCGGGAAUGAGAGUUUUUUUUGGAGGAGGAGAUGGCAUCAUUAGAGAGUUAUCCAUUGCAUAUGGAGGCGUUGGUCCAACCACCGUCUGUGCAAAGAAUUCCUGCCAGAAACUCAUCGGAAGGCGCUGGAAUGAAGAGAUGCUGGACGCAGCUUGCAGGCUGAUUCUGGAUGAAGUCUCCCUCCCAGGCUCAGCCCCAGGGGGGAGGGUGGAGUUCAGGAGGACUCUCAUCAUUAGCUUCCUCUUCAAGUUCUACCUGGAAGUGUCACAGAUUUUGAAGAGGAUGGACCCUGUUCACUAUCCUAGCCUUACAGACAAGUACGAGAGUGCUUUAGAAGAGCUUCAUUCCAGACAUCACUGGAGAACAUUAAAGUACCAGAAUGCAGACCCAAAGCAGCUUCCUCAAGACCCAGUUGGCCAUCCCAUCAUGCAUCUGUCUGGUAUUAAGCAUGCCACAGGUGAAGCCAUCUACUGUGAUGACAUGCCUGCAGUGGACCGGGAGCUGUUCUUGACUUUUGUAACAAGCUCAAGAGCUCACGCUAAGAUUGUGUCUGUGGAUCUGUCAGAAGCUCUCAGCCUGCCAGGUGUGGUGGACAUCCUGACUGAGGAACAUCUUCAUGGCAUCAACUCCUUCUGCCUUUUAACCAAACCUGAGAAACUUCUAUCGACAGAUGAGGUAUUUUGCGUGGGUGAGCUUGUCUGUGCCGUGAUUGCUGAUUCCGAGGUUCAGGCAAAGCGAGCUGCGCAGCGAGUGAAGAUUGUCUACCGAGAUUUGGAGCCACUGAUCCUGACCAUCGAGGAAGCUAUACAACACAAGUCCUUCUUCGAGCAAGAAAGGAAACUGGAGUAUGGAAAUAUUGAUGAAGCAUUUAAAAUGGUGGAUCAAAUUCUUGAAGGUGAAAUACACAUGGGAGGUCAAGAACAUUUUUAUAUGGAAACCCAAAGCAUGCUUGUUGUUCCCAAAGGAGAGGAUCAAGAAAUUGAUGUCUAUGUGUCCACACAGUUUCCCAAAUACAUACAGGACAUAGUUGCUUCAACCUUGAAGCUCCCAGCUAACAAGGUCAUGUGUCAUGUAAAGCGUGUUGGCGGGGCUUUCGGGGGGAAGGUGAUGAAAACUGGCAUCAUGGCAGCCAUCGCCGCAUUUGCUGCAAACAAGCAUGGUCGUGCAGUCCGCUGCAUUCUGGAACGAGGAGAAGACAUGUUAAUAACUGGAGGCCGCCACCCUUACCUUGGAAAGUAUAAAGCUGGAUUCAUGAACGAUGGCAGAAUCUUGGCCCUGGAUGUGGAGCAUUAUAGCAAUGGAGGUGCCUCCCUGGAUGAGUCAUUACUUAUGAUAGAGAUGGGACUUCUGAAAAUGGAAAAUGCCUACAAGUUUCCCAACCUGCGCUGUCGGGCAUGGGCGUGCAGAACCAACCUUCCGUCCAACACGGCUUUGCGAGGGUUUGGCUUUCCUCAGACAGGGCUGAUCACCGAAUCCUGUAUCACGGAAGUUGCAGCCAAAUGUGGGUUGUCUCCUGAGAAGGUCCGAACGAUAAACAUGUAUAAGGAAAUUGAUCAAACACCCUACAAACAAGAGAUUAAUGCCAAGAACCUGAUCCAGUGUUGGAAAGAAUGCAUGGCCAUGUCUUCCUACGCCCUAAGGAAAGCAGCUGUAGAAAAAUUCAACUCGGAGAACUGCUGGAAGAAGAAGGGGCUGGCAAUGGUCCCCCUGAAGUUUCCUGUCGGCCUUGGAUCAGUUGCUGCUGGUCAGGCUGCUUCCCUGGUUCACAUUUAUCUAGAUGGGUCUGUGCUGGUGACUCAUGGUGGAAUUGAAAUGGGGCAGGGGGUCCACACUAAAAUGAUUCAGGUGGCCAGUCGUGAAUUAAGGAUGCCAUUGUCCAACAUCCACCUUCGGGGAACAAGCACAGAAACCGUCCCUAAUGCAAACAUCUCUGGAGGUUCCGUGGUGGCUGAUCUCAAUGGGUUGGCAGUAAAGGAUGCGUGUCAAACUCUUCUAAAACGCCUUGAACCCAUCAUCAGCAAGAAUCCUGGAGGCACUUGGAAAGACUGGGCACAGGCUGCUUUUGAUGAAAGCAUUAGUCUUUCAGCUACUGGAUACUUCAGGGGUUAUGAGUCGAACAUGAACUGGGAGACGGGCGAAGGCCGUCCUUUCGAAUACUUUGUUUAUGGAGCUGCCUGUUCCGAGGUUGAGAUAGACUGUCUGACAGGUGCUCAUAAGAACAUAAGAACAGACAUUGUCAUGGAUGUUGGCUGCAGUAUAAAUCCGGCCCUUGACAUAGGCCAGAUUGAAGGUGCAUUUAUUCAAGGCAUGGGACUUUAUACAAUAGAGGAACUGAAUUAUUCUCCUCAGGGGGUCCUGUACACUCGGGGCCCAAACCAAUAUAAGAUCCCUGCCAUCUGUGACAUCCCCACGGAGUUGCACGUUUCUUUGUUGCCUCCGUCUCAAAACUCAAAUACCCUGUAUUCGUCUAAGGGUCUGGGAGAGUCUGGGGUAUUCCUGGGGUGUUCGGUGUUUUUCGCCGUCCAGGACGCGGUAAGUGCAGCACGACAGGAGAGAGGACUGUUUGGACCGUUGAAACUCAAGAGUCCACUGACCCCAGAGAAGAUUAGAAUGGCCUGUGAAGACAAGUUCACAAAAAUGAUUCCAAGAGAUGAACCUGGAUCCUAUGUUCCUUGGAGUGUACCCAUAUGAAUCAAAUACAAACCUCUGGCGAAGAUGGGGUGGCUCUUCCAACAAAGCAAUCUAUCCAGUCUCAAUGCUCUAGGAUGAUGGGUCUGAAAGACAAAUUUUCACAGUUCAGAAAUCAUUUCACAGAGUAUUGCUUUUAUAGGAUGCUGAUUUUAAAUGUUCCAUUUGGAAUUUGGUAGAUAUGCUUAAGCAAUUUAGAAAUCAUAUUUUAAAUGGCAUAAAUGCUAACUGGUUUCCUCUAGAAUGGUAUUCUUUAUUAUUCUGUCCCUUAAAUCCAUCCAGCUGAAUGGAAUGGAAGAUGAUGGUUUGUAUGUGAUUCAUAGUUGGCUUGUAUCCACCAACAGAAAUUAUACUGUGUAGUGAAAGGCAAUUUUCUAAAUAAUUUUAUUAGUAUGAACUGUAAA